AAAACCCUCUACGCCGAGGACGCUCGGACAUACCCGGCCCUCGGGUCCUCUGCCCGGAUGUUCUAUGCCGAGGACUACGGGAAGUACCGGGAGCGGGAGGUGCUGUCGCGGACGUGCCCCCCACCCCGCAGCGCACAGCCCCUGCACUUCGGGGACUGGUACUGUCCCGAGCGGGCCACGCUGCCCUACCAAACCCUGCAAGUGUCACGCUUCACCCCGCAGCAGGCCGGGCGCGAGGCCAUGUUCUCCUCCUGGCACACCAGCUAUGGCGUGACCCCGCCGCGGCUGGGCCGGGAGACCCAGCACUACUCCAAAUCCUGGGAUAACAUCCUGGCGCCGGUGGCACGCAGGGAGGAGGCCCUGCAGCGCGGGCGCAGCUACGAGAACCUGCUCACCCAGGAGCAGCACCGUGCCUUAUCCCCCGAGGAGCGCCGGCAGCCUGUGGUGAUCAACCUGUCGAGCUCACCCAAGCGCUAUGCUGCCCUGUCCCUCUCCGAGAGCUCCAUCCUUGAGCGGGUGCAUGCUGAUGGCAGCCGCGGACCCCCGGGCCGCUCCUGGUACGUCACGCCAGAGAUCACCAUCACUGACAACGACAUCCGUGCCGACGGGCUGGGCCGCAGCGAGAGGCGCUCGGCCAGCUGGGACAUGCUGGACGCGGGACAGGAGCGUGGGCCCUAUGCCGUGCCCUGCACCCCGCAGCCCGGCCCCAGGGAGAGCGGCUCAGGGCGCCAGCGCAGCCUGGAGCAGCUGGACGAGCUGAUCACCGACCUCGUCAUUGACUACAAGCCAGCGCCAGGCCACCGCGCCGGGGACAGGGACAGCCUCGCCGAGCAGCUCAAGCAGCUCCUGAGCAGCAGCGCCCCGGGGCCCCCCCGGCGGGGCGAGGGCAGGCGGGUCCCCCCCARUGUGCCCGAGGGACCCCGACCCACGAAGGAGCAGCCAGGCCCCAGCUCUCGUGCUGGCGCCCCACGGCCCUCGCCCACCCCGCUGGCUGUCGGCCCCUUUGAGAAGUCGCCAGAGAACUGCUCGCCCGACCUGAGCGCAGAGGAGGACGACAUGAUGAUGUGCUCCAACGCCAAGUGCCGGCGCACAGAGACCAUGUUCAACGCCUGCCUCUACUUCAAAUCGUGCCACAGCUGCUACACCUACUACUGCUCCCGGCACUGCCGGCGCGAGGACUGGGACACGCACAAGGCGAGCUGCGUCUACGGGCGGGUGGGCAGCGUCUGCCGCCAUGUCCUGCAGUUCUGCCGGGAGAACGCCGAGGUGCACAAGGCCUUCUCGCGCAUUGCCAAGGUCGGAUACCUCUCCCGCGGCCGCGGUGUCCUCUUCCUUGGCUUCCCCAACGCUGGCUCAGCUGAGAACUUCCUCCAGUGCUCCUGCCUUCCUGGCAUGGCAAAGCUGGUGAAGUCAGCGGUCACUCCAUCCCCGGUGCCGGGGGCUCAUCCCACGCGUGUCUGUGAGAAUUAA